UUACUUCCGCAGUUCCGCCUACCCAGUACAUACUCUCCCUCUCUCUUCUCCAAUCUCCUCCAUCUUCAUUCUUGGUGCAUCCGGUUCUCAAGUUUAAGAUGUCAAUUCCAACUAAUGAGGUUAAGUGCGAAGAUGAUGUUGUUGAGAUUGAUGCUAUUGGAGGAGUUGGUGUGUGGAAUGAAAAUAUUGAAUCUUACUUAAUAAGCUUGAUAGAGGAAGAAGUAAAAAAGGGAAAUAGACCAACAACCACCCUUACUAAGUCGGCUUGGAAGACUGUGAAGCAAAAUCUAAAAGAGAAGUCAAAAAAGGAUUAUAGUCAAGAACAACUUAAGAACAAAUAUAAUCAAUUAAGACAAAGGUGGAAGGACUUUAAUAAAUUAAAAGAGGAGACUGGGAUUGGGUACAAUGCUGUGCCUUAUCAACUGAAAGCUGAGGAUGUUGUAUGGAAAAAGUUAUACGAGAAACAUAAGUCUGCCAAAACUUUUAGAAGGAAAGGAUGUAAGCAUUUUGAUAAACUAUGCACAAUUUUUGGUGAUACAACAGCUACAGGUCUUAGUUCACACCCUUCUACGAAAAGCCCUUCUGAUAGUGAGGAUGAAAAUGACACAGAUGGAGAAGUAGGUGAUUUAGAAAAGCAAUGUGAAGAGGGUCCAAAAUCCAAGAAAGUCAAAACUAGUGUCAAUCCUAAGAAGUUAAGGGAGAAAGUUAAUACAGCAAUGGCAGAUGCAUUGGUUGCAAUGAGUGAAAAUUCUAAGAAAAAGCUUGAACUUCUUGAGAAAAAGAUUAAUGGUAAUAAUGGAGGUGGACAACAAUCAAAGGAGGAUGAUGAUUUGCUUAUGGAAUGCAUAGAUACAUUAAGUGCUCUCGAAGGAAUUGAUGGAGCUUCAUUUGCAAAGGCAACUAAACUCAUACAUGAUGAUCCAUUGUGGAGGAAAAUGUUCCUUCAAUUUCCCGAUGAUAGGAAAAUAGAUUUUGUUCUUAAUCUUUAA